CGGAAGUGCCGUGUUUUAUUCUGGCAGGCUUGACUCCGGUGUCUCGUGCCUGUGUGGAGCAGCGCGAGCUGAGCGCGAGCCCCUCAGCUGUUUAAAUCUCAGCGCCGACAUGAACGAACCCAGGAUCCUGGUCCUCUGACGGCGUCCGCGUCCGUGUUCUCGGUGUUUUUGCGUGUUUCUUUCGGUGUUUUGCGUGUUUUUCUCGGUCGGAGGGGGAUGUCAGUGUCGGGUGCGGGUCGCUGACAGAGACGCAGAUUUGCGGGUUUCCUUCUGGGUGUUUUUGUUCGGUUGAACCGGACAGAGAACCGGGCCGACCCGGCAUCACCCGCCCGGUCCCGGUGACGGUGUUUGGAGCGGAACGGAGCGCGCAGACCGGGUUACAAUGCCGGAGCUGAAGGGUCUCCUUCUCCUGAGUCUCUGCCUGAACCUCCACACAUGCCGGGCUUUCCCCCCCGAGCUGCCCGAGCUCAGCACCGAGCCGCCCGGCAGGUUCAGCCUCACCGACCCGCCGCUGGAUGAGGAGCCGGGAGUCGGCGGCGGCGGGCGGGACGGGCCCGGCGGGGCGGAGGGCUGCGGGCUGUGUGAGCCGGAGCUGUGCCCGGAGACCCGCGGCUGCCGGGCCGGCCUGGUGCUGGACUCCUGCGGCUGCUGCAAGGAGUGUGGGAACCUGGAGGGACAAGCCUGCGACCCGGGGGACCGCAGCGUCUUCUACGGGCUCUGCGGGACCGGGCUGCGGUGCCAGGCGGACCCGCGGCCCGCAGGAGGAGGAGGAGAUGAUGAAGAGGAGGCGGUGUGUGUGUGUGAGCAGCAGGACGCGGUGUGUGGCAGCGACGGAACAACAUACAUGAACAUGUGUCAGUUCAGAGAGGCCGCCUUCUCCAGACCCGAACUCAAGACCAGAGGGAAGGGACCCUGCAAGACAGUUCCUGUCAUUAAGGUUCCUCCUCAGAGUCAGGUCAACGGGACCGGUAGCAGUCUGGUUUUCCUCUGUGAGGUUUUUGCGUUUCCGAUGGCUCUGGUCGAGUGGAGGAAGGAAGGAAGAGACAUCAUCCUGCCCGGAGACGACCCUCACAUCUCUGUCCAGUCUCGGGGCGGUCCUUUGAAAUUCGAGCUCUCCAGUUGGUUGCAGAUUGAGGGGGCGGAGCCAGAGGACUCGGGAACCUAUCGCUGCAUUGCUCGUAACAAUCUGGGAUCUGUCUCCGCCUCUGCUGUGCUGGGAGUACUGGGAGCAGAGGAGCUGUCGUCCUACCUGGCCAACAGCGUCUCUGAGAUGAAGCAGCUGAUGGACGCCACAGACUACGACCAGGACUUCUACUGACACACACAUGAUGUCACUUCCUGCCGUCCGACACGCCAUUUGGCGUCCCUUCCAUCCAGCUGUCAUUAGUGGGAUCAGACUGAGCAGCAGCGGAGACAGUAACCACACCGUCACAGCACACAGCUGUUGGACUCUACAGACUUUUGUCGGCCAUUUUGAGCCGCCGAUCAGAGACACUCGGAGGUCACAUGAUGAGCUACAGAUUCUGGUUCGGACCGCCGCUGCUGCGAUAUAAAGUACUAUAAAUAUUAGAAUAUUAAAAUAAUAUUUGUAUCAGUGUAUUCUAACAUUAUUGUGACAUCACAUGGGGGCGUGACGCGCAGGCUCAGCAUGUUGAGCGUGUUGUAGAUGUCGCAGGUUCGAGCCCGAGUCGCCCGUCAGCUCUGCCAGUGUGAAACUGAAACUUUUAUAUAUAAAUACAUAAUAAAUGUAAAAUAACAAACA